CGCCGCUGCGCGGGGCCAUGGGGGCCGCCGGGCGCCCGGGGCCGGGCCUGGCGAGGCCGCCGCGCCGCCGCUGAGACGGGCGCGGCGCGCAGCCCGGCGGCGCAGGUGAGGCCGGCCGCGCCAUGGUGGACCCGGUGGGCUUCGCGGAGGCGUGGAAGGCGCAGUUCCCGGACUCGGAGCCGCCGCGCAUGGAACUGCGUUCAGUGGGCGACAUCGAGCAGGAGCUGGAGCGCUGCAAGGCCUCUAUCCGGCGCCUCGAGCAGGAGGUGAACCAGGAGCGCUUCCGCAUGAUAUACCUGCAGACGCUGCUUGCCAAGGAAAAGAAGAGCUAUGACCGGCAGCGAUGGGGCUUCCGGCGCGCGGCGCAGGGCCCCGACGGCGCCUCCGAGCCCCGAGCGCCCGCGCCGCGGCCGCAGCCCGCGCCCGCCGACGGAGCCGACCCGCCGCCCGCCGAGGAACCCGAGGCCCGGCCGGACGGAGAGGGUUCCCCGGGUAAGCCCAAGCCCGGGGCCGCCCGCAGGCCCGGGGCCGCCGCGUCGGGGGAACGGGAUGACCGGGGGCCCCCCGCCAGCGUGGCGGCGCUAAGGUCCAACUUCGAGCGGAUCCGCAAGGGCCAUGGCCAGUCCGGGGCGGACGCCGAGAAGCCCUUCUACGUGAACGUCGAGUUUCACCACGAGCGCGGCUUGGUGAAGGUCAACGACAAAGAGGUGUCGGACCGCAUCAGCUCCCUGGGCAGCCAGGCCAUGCAGAUGGAGCGCAAAAAGUCCCAGCACAGCGCGGGCUCGAGCGUGGGGGAUGCCUCCAGGCCCCCUUACCGGGGACGCUGCUCGGAGAGCAGCUGUGGCGUUGAUGGCGACUACGAGGACGCCGAGUUGAACCCCCGCUUCCUGAAGGACAACCUGAUCAACGCCAAUGGAGGUAGCAGGCCACCUUGGCCGCCCCUGGAGUACCAGCCCUACCAGAGCAUCUAUGUCGGGGGCAUGAUGGAAGGAGAGGGCAAGGGCCCGCUCCUGCGCAGCCAGAGCACCUCUGAGCAGGAGAAGCGCCUCACCUGGCCCCGCAGGUCCUAUUCCCCUCGGAGCUUUGAGGAUUGCGGAGGCGGCUAUACCCCGGACUGCAGCUCCAACGAGAACCUCACCUCCAGCGAGGAGGACUUCUCCUCCGGCCAGUCCAGCCGAGUGUCCCCAAGCCCCACCACCUACCGCAUGUUCCGGGACAAGAGCCGCUCUCCCUCGCAGAACUCGCAACAGUCCUUCGAGAGCAGCAGUCCCCCCACGCCGCAGUGCCAUAAGCGGCACCGGCACUGCCCAGUUGUCGUGUCCGAGGCCACCAUCGUGGGCGUCCGCAAGACCGGGCAGAUCUGGCCCAACGAUGGCGAGGGCACCUUCCAUGGAGACGCAGGAAAUUGGUUCCAGGACUCCCUUGCGCAGCAGUCCCCAGCCUCCUCUUUGACACCAGCGACCAGUUUCAUGGAAGACAGUUUUUUCACAGGCCAGAGGUUAGAAGAUGGUUUCGGGAUGAGACUGUUUCAGCUCAGAUCAUCAGAUGGCUCGUUCGGAACACCACCUGGGUACGGCUGCGCUGCAGACCGGGCAGAGGAGCAGCGCCGGCACCAAGAUGGGCUGCCCUACAUUGAUGACUCGCCCUCCUCAUCGCCCCACCUCAGCAGCAAGGGCAGGGGCAGCCGGGAUGCGCUGGUCUCGGGAGCCCUGGAGUCCACUAAAGCGAGUGAGCUGGACUUGGAAAAGGGCCUGGAGAUGAGAAAAUGGGUCCUGUCUGGAAUCCUGGCUAGUGAGGAGACUUACCUGAGCCACCUGGAGGCACUGCUGCUGCCCAUGAAGCCUUUGAAAGCUGCUGCCACCACCUCUCAGCCGGUACUGACGAGUCAGCAGAUUGAGACCAUCUUCUUCAAAGUGCCUGAGCUCUAUGAGAUCCACAAGGAGUUCUAUGAUGGGCUUUUCCCCCGCGUGCAGCAGUGGAGCCACCAGCAGCGGGUGGGCGACCUCUUCCAGAAGCUGGCCAGCCAGCUGGGUGUGUACCGGGCCUUUGUGGACAACUACGGAGUUGCCAUGGAAAUGGCUGAGAAGUGCUGUCAGGCCAAUGCUCAGUUUGCAGAAAUCUCUGAGAACCUGAGAGCCAGAAGCAACAAAGAUGCCAAGGAUCCAACGACCAAGAACUCUCUAGAAACUCUACUCUACAAGCCUGUGGACCGUGUGACAAGGAGCACGCUGGUCCUCCAUGACUUGCUGAAGCAUACUCCUGCCAGCCACCCCGACCACCCCUUGCUGCAGGAUGCCCUCCGCAUCUCACAGAACUUCCUGUCCAGCAUCAACGAGGAGAUCACACCCCGACGGCAGUCCAUGACGGUGAAGAAGGGAGAGCACCGGCAGCUGCUGAAGGACAGCUUCAUGGUGGAGCUGGUGGAGGGGGCCCGCAAGCUGCGCCACGUCUUCCUCUUCACCGACCUGCUUCUCUGCACCAAGCUCAAGAAGCAGAGUGGAGGCAAAACCCAGCAGUAUGACUGCAAGUGGUACAUUCCGCUCACGGAUCUCAGCUUCCAGAUGGUGGACGAAUCGGAGGCAGUGCCCAACAUUCCCCUGGUGCCGGACGAGGAGCUGGAUGCUUUGAAGAUCAAGAUCUCCCAGAUCAAGAGUGACAUCCAGAGAGAGAAGAGGGCGAACAAGGGCAGCAAGGCCACGGAGAGGCUGAAGAAGAAGCUGUCGGAGCAAGAGUCGCUGCUGCUGCUCAUGUCUCCCAGCAUGGCCUUCAGGGUGCACAGCCGCAAUGGCAAGAGUUACACGUUCCUGAUCUCCUCUGACUAUGAGCGUGCAGAGUGGAGGGAGAACAUCCGGGAGCAGCAGAAGAAGUGUUUCAAAAGUUUCUCCCUGACGUCUGUGGAGCUGCAGAUGCUGACCAACUCGUGUGUGAAACUCCAGACCGUCCACAGCAUUCCGCUGACCAUCAACAAGGAAGAUGAUGAGUCUCCGGGGCUCUAUGGGUUUCUGAAUGUCAUCGUCCACUCAGCCACUGGAUUUAAGCAGAGUUCAAAUCUGUACUGCACCCUGGAGGUGGAUUCCUUUGGGUAUUUUGUGAAUAAAGCAAAGACGCGCGUCUACAGGGACACAGCUGAGCCAAACUGGAACGAGGAAUUUGAGAUAGAGCUGGAGGGCUCCCAGACCCUGAGGAUACUGUGCUACGAAAAGUGUUACAACAAGACGAAGAUCCCCAAGGAGGAUGGCGAGAGCACGGACAGACUCAUGGGGAAGGGCCAGGUCCAACUGGACCCACAGGCCCUGUAGGACAGAGACUGACAGUGUGCUGUCAUCACCAUGAAUGGGAUUGAAGUAAAGCUCUUGGUCAAGUUCAACAGCAGAGAGUUCAACUUGAAGAGGAUGCCGUCCCGAAAACAGACAGGGGUCUUCGGAGUCAAGAUUGCUGUGGUCACCAAGAGAGAGAGGUCCAAGGUGCCCUACAUCGUACGCCAGUGUGUGGAGGAGAUCGAGCGCCGAGGCAUGGAGGAGGUAGGCAUCUACCACGUGUCCGGAGUGGCCACGGACAUCCAGGCACUGAAGGCAGCCUUCGACGUCAGUCAGUGGUGGCCUGGGGAGGACAGGAUGGAGGUGUGGGAGGCGGGCAGCCGGUGGGACCGCCGAGCCUACUUCUAA